GGGCCCCCGGUCUCUCUCCCGCCGUCGCUCAGGCAUCGGCCGGGCGCCUGCGCGGAGCCGCCCCCUCGGCUGUCCGCGGGCGCCGCCGGGGUGUUCCCUUCGCAGCCGGGCCGGGGGAGAGCGCUGCUGCCAGGAGCCUCCAUGGGGCGGCGCAGGGAGCUGUGACUGGCUCGCCCUUCCCCAGCCCGGAGCCCAGCCGCAGGAGGCGGCUGCAGAGAGACCGAGCGGAGCCCCCCGGCGCGUCCCCCUCCCUAGUCUCGGCCACCGGCGCACGAAGGAGCCGAGCCCGGCCGCGGCUGCUCGUUUCCCGGCUCCCGGGCUCCGCCCUGGAUGGUGCCCGGCCCUGCCGCGCGCGGGGCUCCCGGGCCGGGAUCGUAGCUCCCUAGCGCCGCUCCCUGCCUGCUGAUGUCGGCGUGGCUGAGCCGGGCGGCGCUGCGGCUGGGGCGGCCGGGGGGGCCCCGCACCGCCGCCCCUUUCUGCCUGGGCUCCUUACGGGCCCCCCGCUGCUGCCGCCUGGCCACCCUGCGCGGCGGGUCCGAGGGGCUGCGCCUUCCCCCGGCCUCGUCCUCCCCGGCCUCGGGGCUGGCGCCCCCCGGCCGCCCGCGGGCGCUGGGCACCCACCCCAAGAAGGAGCCGAUCGAGGCGCUGAACACGGCGCAGGGCGCCCGCGACUUCAUCUACAGCCUGCACUCCACCGAGCGGAGCUGCCUGCUGCGGGAGCUGCACCGCUUCGAGUCCAUCGCCAUCGCGCAAGCAUCCAGAUACCCAAAACCACUGGUACCCUUUGAGAAGGCAACGAAGCGGGUAACAUCACCAGAGUCAACUAGUACUUUUGAGAAGUUGGAAGUUGCACCACCAUCCCCAGGACAGCUGAAACACGUGUUCUUCCACAAUGCAAUACCUUUUGUAGGGUUUGGAUUCUUGGAUAAUGCAAUUAUGAUUGCUGCGGGAACCCAAAUAGAAUUAUCGAUUGGAGUUGUCCUGGGAAUAACUACUAUGGCAGCUGCUGCUUUGGGAAAUCUUGUUUCAGAUUUAGCUGGACUCGGUCUUGCAGGCUAUGUUGAAGCUCUAGCUUCGAGAAUGGGCCUGUCAAUUCCUGAUCUGACACCCAAGCAAGCAGAUAUGUGGCAAACGCGUCUCAGUGCACAUGUGGGUAAAGCUAUUGGAGUGACCAUUGGCUGCCUUUUAGGAAUGUUUCCUUUGUUCUUCUUUGGAGAUGAAGAAAAAAAACUGGAAGAGAAAAAUUAACAUUUUUACAAUACAAAUAAAAAUGUAAACUAAUGUACCUCAAUUAUUCAAUUAUGCUGUCAGAAUAUUUAGGAAUUAACUGACAGUAACAAUGUAUAGACCUGGGAACAAAACAUUCAGCAUGUUGUUUUAUGGAUACACUAAUUUAUUGUGGCUUUGUCUUAUUCAGUACAUCUUUUUAUAAGAUACCAUUUAGCUUUUUAUUUAAAGUAAGUUGUUGAAAUGUUCUCACUUAUAGUAGCAACUGACGUUUACUGAUUCCCUCUCACCUUCAUCCGGUAACAGGAUUAUUACUUACUUGCCUGCUCUGGAUGUACUAUGUAGGUUUUGGGUUUCCACAGCUGCUGCCUAACUUGUAAAUGCAUGCCAAAAAGGAUCCUUUAUGGUCUCAUCAGGUCCUCCAAUCCAGACUAUCAGUGGGGCCAGUUGGCAGGUGAUUUGGAAUGAUGUUAAGCACUUUUGCAGUUAUUUUUUUCCUUUGAGCCACCAUUUCACAUUUCCUCAGGAUAGGCCUGUUUCAGCAACCCCCCACUGUUUGGUUUGCACUCCUUCACAAUUCUAGCUAAUGUGGCUUACAAGCCAUCCAUUACAUGCCAUCACUUCUUGACAAGGUAAGUGUUUAUAGUGGUGCCUUGUUACCAGGCUCAUCCUUCAGAGUUUAUACACAGUCACCCAAUUUUUUUUCCCCCCGAAGCAGUAUUUUGCGAGUCAAGUUUAAAGUUAGUGUGUGGAGUAUACUUUCUUUCAUCUAACCACCCACUCAAAUAUUUUACAGCACCUACUUGCAGUAAGCAUAACUUUCCUCUCUUCCUGGACUUUCACCAAACUCCAGGAAUUCCAGCUGAGCCCCUAGUGGAGUAAUUAUGUGCUCCUGGUAACUGGAUCAAAAUAAUAACUGUGUUUUGUACAGCAUAGCAGAUAGGCUGAGAAGAGCUGUAGACAAGGGAGGGAUGUCUUGAGAUGAAACUGGAAAAGGAAAGUUCUGUUUGAGGUGAUGAUACAUACAGGAAGUCUUUUCCAGAUGAGUGCACAGGACAAAAAAUGAGGUUGAAUGCUUCGUGCAAAGGGUAUGAACCCGUGCUGUGUUCUGUCCAAGAAAGAUAUGACUUGAAGAUCUGUUUCAGUCGAAUUAAAUCGGAUUCCAGUGUGGCAACUCUGGACACUUUCCAGACCUGCCAGUUCUACAGGUUUCCCUGUAGACCACAGAUUUUCAAACCAUGAUAUGGAUUUGUGGGGAAAACCUCUAAUAUAUGGGGAAAUAGCCUCUGUUUGGUUGUUCUUUCCUAUUCAUCUGCGUCCUGGGGAACAAAAGCCAACUGGAGCUGCUACACAAGCUGAUGGACAGUCUGGUCUUUAGUCUGUGGAGCACACGAGAGCUCUGCUCCACUAUCUAUUAGCUGGGUAAGCAAAGGCUUGAGGGCUGGUGGAGUGCUCGGCUCUUCGGUCUUAGAACUGGCUGGGGAGCUGCUGCUUUCUGCCAGCUCUGCAGUUCCCCUUGACCUCCCGCAUCUGCCUAUGUGCAUUUGCCCUCCCAUGAGUCUCUAGCAUCAACCUACCCACCCUGGCCCCAGCUCCCCUCUUACCUUAGGAGUCUUCUGGGGCAGGCCCUGAUGGCCUGCCCCUCCCCUCCGUAGGUCUUCAUGUGGUACCUGGCUGACUCCCCAUCUCUAGUCUUUCGGGAGCUGAGAACAGGGAACCCUCUGCCUCCCAAAUCCCAGAGCCCCAUGGCCUUUAGAGGCAGGGACAUUGCCUCCCAGGCACUGAGCUCUGUUGACUUCAAUCAUACUAGCCAGGAGUAGCUCUACUCAGUAGUUGGGGUUUUCAUACCCAUCCGAUGGGAAACCCCCUGUUGCUGGCAAACUCCUCCCAUGGGGGUGGAACUGUCUUCAGCAGCCAGGGCUGGAGCCAGCAGAGUUUAAUGCCUGCAGAGCCAGGGUGUGGAUUAGGCAGUGUCCCCCACUUGACAGUCCCCCAAACACUGGAGAUAGUGGGUAGCUGGUCCCUCCCAAAAGCACAUAGGUGUGGGAAGCCAUCGCGGGGAGGAAUGGGGAGAGAGGAAAAGAAUAGGGAAUCAUAGGCCUGGGAUGUUUAUCGGGAAGGAUGGAACUUCCACGCCUGGGAUUCCCAUCCUUGCCCUGGGCUCUGUAAAUGGUGAAGCCUAUGGUAUGCUUUCCCUCCUCUUGUGUAAUGUGGGAGCUGGCUUAGUGGAGGGUUUUGUGGGUGAUGGGAUGACUGCAUGGAUUGAAUUGGGUAUGAGGUGCAGGGGUGUGUUUUUGUGUGUGUAAUGGGUGGGUGAGGUGUUCAGCACAGGUGGGUGGAACAUGCAUGGGUGUGUGAAGUGAGCAGGUACAGUUGGUGGGUGUGGGGCUGCAUGCAUAGAACUGUGUGUAUAUGCAGAAUGAGUGGAAUGAAGGGGGGGGUUGGUGGAGGAAUGAGUUGUCUGGGUAGUAUAUGAGUAACGACGUUGGGUAGAAAGAUGGGAUGGAGUGAAAGUGGGUGUGAGAUGAAUGCUAGAUGAGAUGUAUGGAAUGAAUGUAUGAAGUGGGCAUGAGAUGGACAAAUGUAUCUGAAUUUAUGCAUAUUUAUGCAUGUUCAUACAACUAUAGCUAAAUUAAAAUCUACUGGGUUUUUUAUUUGCAAAUGUUUGCAGGCAUGGUUUCCUAAUUUAGAAACUCAAUAUGAUGGUCUUUCUCAGUCUUUCUGUUGAAAGCUAUCUUAAGAUGAAUGAGUGCACAUGCCAAAAAUGCUUAAACAGGUGGUUUCUCUGAUUAGUCAAAUUCGAGGCGGGGGGGAAUCAGUCUGGAUUAGUGGAUCUGAUUUGCAGAAUAUAAUUCACAGUUAAAACUAGACCUUUGUUUGUUACUUUUGCUGUGAUGGCAUUUAUUGGAAAAGCAGAUUUGUGGGUUUUUUCCUUUUUUGCCUUAUUAAUUUUACUUAUUUGCAGCCCUGUAUAAUCUUUUAUGUUUAUGUGGUGAGUGAUGAGUUAAGUUGCAAUUACCAUAUUAAAUAUUUUUAAUAUUUCAGUAUAUGACCCAUCUGUACUAUAAUUAUAAAUUCCUUAUAGUUGCCUACAAAGGAGAGGAUCCUCUCUAUGUACAAUAUGGAAGAAGAUACCAAAAGCAGGGUAGAGCUAGAACACUUUAUUUUGGCAGCUCUGCAUUCUUAGAUGAGUUUUUCUAAUCUAUAAGAAGAUAGUAACAAUUACAUUACAUCCCAUGAAACUAAGUGUUUUGUUUGCUGUUGGAAAGACUUCAUUAUUACAGCCCUUAUUUGUUUAACAUGUUUGAUUAGCAGCUCGCCUUCUGGGUGGUAAAUCUGAUCUCCCUCUUGACCACUGCCAGAGGCCCUGCCACAGCAGUACCAGCCCUUUAAUCCUAAUAGAUGAAGAAGGAACAAAGAAAUACUAUCAACUUGUUAAUAAGCUUUGAGAUAGUACUGAUAAAGCAGUGUCUCAAAAUUGCACUUUGCACAAAAAGAUGACUUUUCAUAAACUUUCGGUUGAUAUCCCCUUAAUAUGUAAUAUCAGUUCAAAUGUCCCUUGUUGUAGCAUAGUAUAAUCUUCUUUCCAGUAUAAGUUUUUGUGUUUUAUGAGGCACUUGGAUGCUUUAAAAUUGAUCAUCCAGGUAGUUGCCUUGUCUGGAAAGGACACUUUGAUUUUCUUCCUCUGCAUAUGUAUUCAGUUUGCAAUAAGCUUUUCUUCUUUUGACAACUGUUCUUUCCUGUUUUUUUCUUUACAAAGCUAUAAUUAGUCCCUUUAAUAUUUUUUUUAAGAUGGAGAACACAUAAAACGCAUUUUGGAUAGCAAUCUAACUGUAUUCACAGUUAUUUUGCUAUGGACAUGACAUAAUUCAUCAAUUUAUGGGGGCCAUCUAAUACUCAUCAAAGUGUAACAUGUUGCUGAAGAUAAGUACCAUACUCUAAUGUAUAGUAUUUUGCACAGAAUAGUUUCAGCAGUGUUUCCCAUUACAAUAUUGGCAUUGACAUUUUUAGGCAAUACUCAAGCUUCUGUACUUCACUAACCGAUUUAAAAUUGGAACACUAACUUCAUUCUCAUUAUUUUGAGAGCUUGCAAGAACAAAUACAUAGCUAAAUUCAGCUGUUGUAGUAGUGCUCAUUUAAAAAUGACAAUAUUAACUCCAUGUACUAUUGUUUAUUACCUUGUGCAUGUACAUUGAGUGCAUUUUGUUGAUACUGUAUGGUAAACUAUUGUUCUGCAACCAGUGUUUUUAACAAGAAAAGAUGAACUAAAAGAUC